AUGCCCUCCCUACGAAACAUCUUACACAAACGCGAAGACCUCACUGAGAAGUCCUCUGCAUCAACAACAACGCCCCAUAACCCCCCAUUAUCUCCGCCACAUCCCGAGAUCACCUUCCUACGCUCCGACACCUUCGGCCAAGAAGUAAUCACCCCGCCAGCACACCCACACGACGAGUACACGAGCGACGCAAGCGCAGCGCCAGAAUCACCCCGACUUGGAUCCUCCAAUUCCCGCCGCAGCUUCUUCUUCCAGCGCUCCAACUCCUCGCGCUCCCUCUCCAGCCCUUCUCCACCCCGUCCCCGCGGCGAUCGUCGCCUGUCGAAUCUGCUCCACCGCCGCAGCCGCAGUAACUCACAAGAGUCGUCUGCGAAUAUCCCCGAGGGUUUACCGCAGAUUGAGGACGACCAGGGCGUCGAUAAACAAGAGCGUGAGGCGCAAUGGGAGAAAAGGGCUACCGUGUUGGUGCAGCGGAAUCCGCACUUUGGACAGUCGCCGCCACAGUCGACGUGGGAUUUGUCAUUGCCCAGUGGUGGGCAGGGGAGAUCAAGAAGUUCUAGUCACAGUCGCGUUGGGGAUCAGCAGGAUGAUAUCAAUAUCCAAGAGGCCAUUCGGCUGCACGAAGCUGGAGAUCUGGAACGAUCGACUAUGAUGUUCGGCCAACUAGCCGACCCUAACGGGCACAAUAACCCGCUUAGCCAAGUUCUCUACGGCUUAGCUCUAAGACACGGCUGGGGCUGCACGAAAGACGAGGCGCGCGCAGUAACAUACCUCUCGGCUGCGGCUACAAACUCGGCCGCCGUAGAGUCCGAGGCUCUCCGUGCAGGUAUGAAGAAGGGUGGCGUUGCAAAAGGCGAGCUGGUCCUCGCCAUUUUCGAGCUCGCGAACUGCUUCCGCAUGGGCUGGGGCGUCAAGAAAGAUCCCGCUGCUGCAAGGCAAUAUUACGAGACUGCCGCGAACCUAGGGGAUACCGAUGCGAUGGAUCAGGUCGCGUGGUGUUAUCUCGAGGGAUUCGGCGGGAAGAAGGAUAAGUUCAAGGCAGCCAAAUACUAUCGACUUGCCGAGGAGAAUGGGAGUCCUACUGUUGGGAACUCUUGGAUCUGGAAGGAAAAGUACAACCCCAAAUGA